AAAAGGAUCAUACUCUCCACUUGGAAGUAGAAAAUCCCCCGUCUUUUCUCUCUCUUUCUCUUUACCUGUCCUCCCCGCGGACCAGCUGUCUUGCCGGCCAUUGAUCCAUCAAAUUUCUCUGACCGGUUUCAACGAUCGCCAUUGACGAACGAAAAUGAGCUUCCAAGAUAUCAGGAAUGGCGGAGGACGACCUGCUUCUUCUUCUCGUUCUUCAACUCAAUCCCCAUCGCAAGCCGUUGCUGCCGGCAUUUUUCAGAUCAACACCGCUAUCUCUGCUUUCCGCCGUCUCGUUGAAGCCAUAGGCACCUCCAAAGACACUCCUGAUCACCGCCAAAAGCUGCAUAAUACGAGGCAGCGUAUAUUGCAGUUGGUUAAGGACACUUCUGCCAAGCUUAAAUCUCUAAGUGAUUCUGAUCAUGCUGCUGAUGUCUCUCAAAGCAAAAAAAUUGAAGACGCUAAACUUGCUAGAGAUUUCCAAGCUACUUUACAAGAAUUCCAGAAAGUUCAACAGCUUGCCUCUGAGCGUGAAUCUACUUACAUGCCUUCAGGGGCUCCUAAUUCUGCUGUAGUCGACUCAACUGUCGAAGAAGGAAAACAAGAUCUUGAGAGCCAACCUUUCUUGUUAGAGCAAAAGAGGCAAGAAUUGGUACUUUUGGAUAAUGAGAUUUCCUUUAAUGAAGCCAUCAUUGAGGAGAGAGAACAGGGGAUUAAGGAGAUCCAAAGCCAAAUUGGGCAAGCUAAUGAAAUCUUCAAAGACCUUGCUGUUCUAGUGCAUGAGCAGGGCGUUGUCAUUGAUGAUAUUCAUUCUAAUGUUGAGGCUUCUGCUGCUGUGACAACCCAAGCAAAACAGCAAAUAUCCAAGGCUUCUAAAAAUGAAAGAUCUGGUUCAACUUGGUGUUGGUGGUUACUAGCCUUGUUUGCGAUGAUUAUUAUUAUCUUCUUGCUUAUAUUAAUCAUAUAAGCUGCAAUUGAUGAUUCUGAAGUUGAUGCAAAUGCCAGUGUUUUCUGGAGGCUGAUGAUUCUUUUCUCAUUGAUAAUUUGAGGUUGUAGGAGCAUUUUUCUAUAAAAUGUGUGUGCUUGUGUUAUCGUGAUGGCGUUUUCCGAGCUUUGCUUAUUUGACAUAUUUAUUCUCCAUCAAGGUCUAUGUAUUUUUUUUAUUUUAUUUACAUAGGCAUUUUCAUCUUAGCUUGAUUUUUUGAGUGAGUGGUGUAGUCCACUCCAAUGUAAAUUGGCUUGGCUAUACCAGAUCUUUGUGAGUGCAUUUAGUGAGGUUUUGGCUUUAUAUUUGUCUGGUUGAGUUUUCUUUGUAUUUCUUCUUCAACUAGUUUGUUUGAAUGUAGUAAUGUCAAUGGCGAUACAAAAGUGAGUUGUGUAAUGUAAUUGUUUGUAAUCUCUGUUCGAAGCAUAGGAAGCAACUCUUCUUUCUCGGGUUGUCGUUCUACGGAGAGCUAACUCCAAUUUGAAAGUUAACAUCCUCCUCAUUUGAUGUCGAAAGUAGAGAGAGGUAAGCUCAUCCUAAAGUAGGCUAAAAGAGCAAUCGCUCAAGACUCUGGCAUGAUCAGGGCCUAAAGUUAUAACCCUUUUGCCUUUAGCUUCUAAACUAAAGAAGAGUUGAAGUUUGAAAAUCUUAAAUGCACAAGGACAAAAGGAAAGAAAGAACAACAUUGAGAAAGCAGUCAAUACCAUCAAUUUUGUGCUCUGUUAUGCGAUUUCACCUUUGAUAUAUUUUGACUUUAUCAGUUAUUAAUUAUUAUCCGGUUUUAAGUUGAUAUGUAUGAGAUUGUAUAAUUAGCUUAUUUUUUUAAUUAAUCACGUCAAGAUUC